UGAAGAAGCCAAUAUCUAUUGUGAGUAUUAUGUUUCCCCUUUCUCCAUGUUUUUUGAGAUCCUCACACGUCUGCCGCCUUUUUCGUCUUUCUCUUCUGGUCAAGGACUGUCAAGCGCCUUCCUGCGUGACACCAUUUUCACCUUUUUGCCAUCACGAGCCUUCUCGGGGUGGAUCACUUUUGCCUUUUUUCGUGCGAAUUUCACAGCCGAGGGGCGCAUAUACGAUUCGAUUAGGGAGGCAGUUUGUGACAAGCAAGAAGUUUCGCUCUCGGGAAACCGGAGAGAUGCACGUCCGAGGCGUGACUCUUGUCUGCGAUGCGUGAGAGCCGCAGCCAGGCUCCUCGUUUCGCAGUGCUCAACAGGCUCGAGACGAGAAACGUAAAUCUUUUGUUCGCGUGACACGAAGAGAGCGAUCGAGCCAGCAAAAGCGUCUGCAGGGGAGAAGUGUUUAGAGUGGGGGGACAGAAGUUUUGUAGCUACCGAAGAAGUUGAUUUAGGUGCCCGCGAGUCCGUGGGUCACUCUCUGAGACCGAGGACAGGCAAGAUUAUCGUGUGUCUGCUUAACUGAGUGCUUUUGCUCUACCCUGCCGUCAUUGGCCCCGUCUCGCUCGUCGUGAAGCUUGCCAUUCUUCCCGUACCUGUUUGUUUUAUUUCAUGGUUUUUCGGUUCGGCAUUUCAUGGGCAGAUGGACAGGAAGAAGCGAACAGGGGAAGAAGACAGCGGAAAACACGUAUCUUCCCUUGCCACAUGAAAGUGAUGUUUUGUCAAGGGUGCAUGUAUCUGAGGCUGGGGGAUACGAAAGUCAUUCCUUCUCUUCUUCCAGCUGCAGAAACGGAGACUGAACGCGUCGUGCAAUACUUGGUUCUCAGUUUGCCUCUGUUUUGAGCGUGUCUGUUGCCCCGUUGGAGGCGUUUUGUCUGCUUCUCCCCUCAACACCUAUGCGGAUCGAUUGAGAAGACGCUAUGCGUCUUUCUGUUUCCCCUCAUGUCAACGACACCUGGAAUCUCUCGCGCCUGUGUCUCCAGUCUCGUUUCUCCGGGCAACAGAGGAACGAGCGUGGAGGGUCGACGCAGUGCACUAGCAAUUGCCUGUUUCUUUUCACCAGCUGUUAGCGUGGAAACGGAACCGUAAAGGGGAUGGGGAAAGGUACUUGUUUUGCUCAGAAAGAGCAAGACACCGCAUCCACUAGACUUGCUACUAAGUGGAAGGGGCAAUUUUCGGCAUUCUUCUAGGACGUGUGCGGAAGCUGUUUAUGCCCGUCUCAAUACGCUUGCGCAUAGUGAUUAUUUUGUACAUCCCAGAUAGACACACUUGCGCACUUACCCCACUCUGCUCACCCCUUGCGAGAGCUUCUCCCUGGCAGUCGUCGACGCCCCAGACUCUCAGAGAAUAGAGAAGAGAGGCAUCUCCGAGAGCAUUUCGGUAUUCUCCAUCUGAGUGUAUGUAUUCCACAUAACGGUGUACAGUACCGCGUGUGUAUUUGUCCUACAGGAAGGCAACCCGUUUUCGUUCCAUUACUGAAAUCACAGUUUUGCUGUUUUCUUGGGUCUUUUUGUGAGUCCUGAACCGCAAGCGUCGUGACAGAAAGCAUCCCCAUUCUCGUUCCCUCUAGCCGGGGGGGCGGGUUUCUUCUUUCAAACUGUCUACAUUUCUUUCUUUCACGAACCUGUUCCUGCUCACGUGCCCCCAUGUGGUCUUAGUAUUUUCUUAGUCCCGUUUUCGCGUUUCUUUUUUCUUCGUGUACCUUUCAAGAUGUCUUUCCAUGUGGCAACGCCCAGCAGUCCCAAGUGCGAGACUGCGCCGGACCUCUUUUCUCUCAUUUCUUCUUCGAAUUCCCUUUUUACUCCCUCUCGCUACUCAUCUGCAUCUUCGUCCUCCUCGUCUGCUACCUCUUCUGCUUCGAGUUCUUCGUGUGUGUGUUCCCCGAACGACGCGCGCUGUCUCAUUUGUGGUCGUUCUUCUCCCGCGUUAUCUGGUGUGAGUGAGCCGUUCCCUGCUCUUCCUUGUUUACUACCGGCAUCUCUGUGUUCGUCUGCUACGUCUUUGGUCUCGACGGUGGUAAAUUGUGCAUUGCCAUCCCGCGAAGUCUCCCCCGAGUCUGCCGGUGGAAAGCGCAGUUGUCGAGGGUGGUUUCGCUGCAUUUGGUCUGCCUGUGUGCGUGCGCCUCGCUCUGUCUGUUCGACUGCCUUCAUCCGGUGGGUGUUUUCCGUUUUGCUUCUCCCGGCCACGCUUUGCCGGUCUGUCCGGAAGGCGGUAGGAUCGCGAUUCUUUCUCCUCCUGAUUUCCGUCUACCUCUGCCUCAAGGGGCUGGUCUACUCGCUGAGCACGGCCGCCAUGCUGCCGUACUUCAAGGGAUUGGGAUGGCAGGCGGCUGCGUACCAGCAAGCAACAGCCAUCGUGUUUGUUCCCUGGGGAAUGAAGGGGCUUGUUGGAACGCUGGCGGACGCGAUACCGCUCUUUGGGUACCGAAAAAAGUAUUACAUGCUCAUUGCUUCGGUCUUGGGAGUGGGUGGCGUCUUCGGCCUCUGCAUCCUGCCGGACGAGUUCGCCGCGGACCGCCUUUGGCUGGUCUGUUUGCUGCUUCUCCUUGUGCAGCUCCAAGUGGCCACUCUCGACCUGAUGUGUGAGGGCAAGUACUCAGAACUGAUGGUAGAAGUUCCGGAUGUCGGUCCCGCCGUCGUGACCUUUGUGAAUGCGUUGAUUUCCGUCGGCCAGGCGACCGGGAAAAUGGUCGUAGGUCCCGUGAGUGACAGACUGGGAACGCGCCCGCUCUUCUGGCUGGCGCUGCCGCUCGCUGUUUCUGUCUUCGUUCCCAUCUGCCUCAACUAUCUUCCCGAGAAAAAACUGGACCACGCGGACCUUCAGGUGCUCCGGCGGCAUCUCUGGGCACAGAAAAACGUCUUUGUCAUGGGGAUUGCGCUCGCGACAGCGUCGCUCGGAGUCGCCGUGGUAUCGCUCUUUGAGGGCCAAAGAAUCCUCAUUAUCUAUAGCCUGUGCGCCGGGGUCGCUCUGUCGCUCGUCUGCUGCCUCACGCUACCCAAGCCGAUCGCUCACUGCAACAUGUACUUCUUUCUCGACCAGGUCCUGCACUUGAAUGUCGCAGGCGCCCUCGACUUCUUCUACACAGCCUCUCCAGCUUGUCUUCCCGACGGUCCCCACUUUGACUACACCUACUACAACACGUACGCGUGCAUAGCGGGGGCUAUUGGCGGGGUCGUUGUCCUCGUGCUUUUUCUGAAAGUUCUUCCCCAGUACUCCUUUCGCCACAUUCUCACGACAGCCUGUCUGGUGAGACUAGGCGCCUCGCUCGUAGACUACGCCCUCGUUUCCCGCCUCACGACGGAGCUGCAUCUCUCCGACAAAGCGGUCUAUUUGGUUGGAGACGCUGUAAUUUUAGUGGGCGCAAAUGCGCUGUCCUACAUGGUCGGCGUGAUGCUGAUUUCCAAACUUUGUCCAAAGCACGUCGAAGUGACAGUGUACGCGAUCCUCGCGGGUAUGGGCAACAUGGGGUCGACUUUGUCGACUUUGCUGGGAGUUGCAGCCAUCAAAGAGUUCCGCAUCACCUCGAAGGCUGAGGAAUCGUGCGAUUUCUCGCGCAUGCCUCAACUCAUUUCCAUCUCAAAUUUCAUUCUGCCUUCCUUGUGCAUUCCACUCUGCAUGACUCUCCUGCCCAAUACUGCCAUGAACGCCCCGCUCCCGGUAACGACCGAACUAGAAGAAACGCUGGAGUGUUCCUGUUCUUUCGCGCAAGACGCCCAGAGUGCAGAAGAAAACGGAUGGCGAGGAGGGAGUGAAGAGCGUGCAGAAGACGAAAACAGUGAAGGAAGCGACGCGGAGUGCCACGGAAGUGGCAGAGCCAACCCUAAUGGGGACCGAGAAAGUGGGUACGCAGAAGACAGGCACACCAACGGGAACACACAAGGGAACUGGAGGAAACGAAGAGCACGACGCCACGCGAGAAACAGAGAGAAGGAAGACGAGCGAAGCAGGCUUGUCGACGAAGGUCGCACAGCUGUCGGUGGUGUGGCAUGUAGGGAAGGCCAGGGAAAGGAUGAGAGACCGUUACGACCUCGAGAGAAGCGCAAAGAGUUAGAUGUGAGACAGGCACCAGACGAAUACGAGAAUUGCAGAAACGUCGUGCCUGUCGUGUCCAUGUUAGCUGGAACGGAGUUGGUUGGGGUGAGGUGUGAAGAAAGAAACACAUCGAAAAGAGUGGGCAAUGGAGAAGAAUCAAGCACCGAAGACGGAGAGGGAUAAAAGGGUUACCAGAUGAGGCUCUUGUCUGCAGCAACAUCGGGAAGUGAAAAGGGGCUUCCUUUCGCAAAUGUCUUUUUUUCUCACGCAACUCCGCCUUUCGACAGGAAAUUUGGACAAGGGAAGGGAGUCCACAUGAGGGAACAAUAAUGGAUUUUGCGGUUGACUCGUCGGGUAUCUGUCUCUUUGUGUACAACUCCUCGUUCUUUCUCAUCACUGUCUCUUUUCCACUCUUCGCUCUGUAUCUACUUUCUUCACCUUGGUAAAUGUAGGUGCUUUGAGGCUUGGACGACCAUGGGUCUUUUUGAAUUCCAAAUAGUGCCAUCGCUUGGGCCGGCGCAGUCUGCUUCAUCGUCGCGUCGGUGUGUUCUGCAUGUAUUUGCUACUUUCGCUCGAACUCUUUUUUCCCGUGUACCAUCCUGCCUCUUUGCUGUCCCGUUCUGCUUCCACAUGCUCUUCUUGCUUGAAGGAAGCAGUGCCUCCCCUCCCAGAGUGACAAGUCUAGGUCGAAGAUGCGCCGCCGGAUACCAGCUUGUAGUUACAGCCAUAAUGAAUCGUUCGUACCCACUUGGCAUCUCAGUUCAAGUUAGCG